GAGUGACUGAGUGCGUGAGGAGGUGUUGUAAGUGAUGGUGAUUAUUUUGUAAUUAACCUGCAGAAUGUCCAAUCCAGCGCCCCCCAGGAGGACUGGGGCGAUGAAGAUACGCCUCACAAGUUUGCCAGAUCCGUUCGCCAAGAUCAGUGUCGAAGGGUCAGGACAGUGUCACUCCACAGACACUUGCCGCAACACACUCGACCCCAAGUGGAACCAAUACUACGACCUUUAUGUUGGUAAAGGCGAUGGAAUCACGAUCAGUGUUUGGAACCGACGCAAGAUCCAUAAAAAGGCUGGCAGUGGCUUCCUGGGUUGUGUUCGCAUCGUGGCUUCCGCUAUACACAGAUUGAAGGACACUGGGUAUCAACGAUUGGACCUUACACGGAUUGGCCAUGAUGAGUGUGAACCAGUGCGGGGGCAGAUCGUGGUGUCUCUCAUGUCUCGCGAUGGCCGGGGCACUGGCUCUCACAAUGCUGUUGUUGAUCCUCUGGGAAAUCUCUCUUCUCCAGAUGAUCUGCCUGAUGGCUGGGAAGAACGGAGAACGCCUACUGGUCGUUUAUAUUAUGUAAACCAUCAUGACCGCACCACCACCUGGGAGCGGCCGACACAACCUGCUCACAUAAUAGUGGAGCGCAGACGGCGUGACAAGACGUACGUGUGUCCAUGUGCCAUCUAUGUCUUCCUCUCGUCUGUCUUCUCCUGUGUUGCUCCCAAGGCCUGCAACUCCCCUCCCUGCUCCUCUGAUUGUCCUUCCUCAUCCUCUGCUUCUCCAAACUGUGUCAGAGGUUCUAGUCAAGCAUGCCCCUCCUCAUCCUGUGCUUCUCCCAGCUGUGCCAGAGGUACUAGCCAAGCUCAACCCUCUACAUCCUUUUCCUUAGCUCCUAGCUGUUCUGUAGGGUAUCACAAAUCUUUCCCUCCUCAUAUAUCCAGCCCACGUACACUAUCAUCUGCUCCAGUCCCCUGCAUAGUAGGCUGUAAUGAGGUCUGUCCUCCCUACACUGCCUCUGGUUCUCCCUGCACUGGACCCUCCCCCUCUUCCCGGUGUGACCCAGCAUCGACCUCACGACACAGUGCCGCGUGUUGCAGGCCAGGUGACACUAGCGUUUUGGGCUCUCCGAGCAGACAUUCCACUUCCUCCAUCAUUGUCCCUGCAAGUACAGCCUCCACUACGUCGCCAGCCGGGGGGAAUAUAGUUCUGAGCAAUCCAAAUACAAGUUCUUCAGAUGUGCCACAAGAGGGAACACCGGUCAGAAGGGAUCCCAGAGACAGAGAGCAUAGACGGAGUAGAGCAGAGAGUGUAGAACGGGUCAGUCAGCGAGAUGCUGGUGAAUCUAGGCGUAACCCAGAUUCAGUUCGGAGACGAUCUGCCCGACACCGUCAUUAUCUCUCCAGGAAUCAACUCCAUCAGCCACCAGAUCUCCCUGAGGGUUUUGUAGCUUCAGUGUAUGUGUGUAGAAAACAUCUUUCUCACUUGGGUAAAGAGAUGCGCACCACACAGCAGGGUCAGGUCUACUACUACAACAUCCACACUGGGACAUCCACCUGGCAUGAUCCUAGAGUGCCACGUGACCUUGGACAAGUCAACAUUGAUGAGAUAGCCCCUCUCCCAGGAGGAUGGGAAUUGAGGCACACGCCCAGUGGACGACCAUACUUCUUGGAUCAUACGAAUCGUACGACGCAGUUCACUGAUCCCAGGCUCUCUGACAGUCAUAUUCUCAAUAACAUUCUCAGGAAUCGCAGUGAGGGAAGUAACCGAACAAGUUUAAUUGACACCAGCAGUAGUAGUGAACCUAGAACCAAUGUGAACAAUGAAAGUUCUGUAUCUAUCAGCACUGUUCCAAAUAAUAGAAAUAAUAGGUCCUCUAGCAAUAGAAGAAAUAGUUCUUCUCGAAGUAGAGGGCCAUCUCCUGAGGCUAACACUGCAGGGGAAACUAUUCCAAAUAGUGUGCCUAAUAGUGAAGAACCAAAUAGCUCUGUUGUUAAUGGUACUCCAAUUAGUCCAACUGUUGUACCUGCUAGCAUUAAUAAUAGCAACAAUAGGGGCAGUGAAGGAAGUGGUGUGACUUCGAGUGUGAAUAGCAGUAACCCUGUGGUGCUCCAGAACAACAGCACUAACCUACAGAUAAGCAGUAACAAUAAUACGCCUGGGUCCAAGGAUCCAGCUGUGAUAGACAUGGAGGGCGACUGCCUUCCAAAGUAUAAACGUGAUUUAGUUGCUAAGAUGAAAGUGUUGAGGGCGGAACUGCAGUGUCUCCAGCCUCAGAGCGGUCAUUGCCGUUUGGACAUUCCACGUGGCGAGGUCUUCGAGGAAUCUUAUAGACAGAUUAUGAAAAUGAGACCAAAGGAUUUACGCAAAAGAUUAAUGGUAAAGUUUAAAGGAGAGGAAGGACUUGAUUAUGGCGGCGUCGCUCGUGAGUGGCUGUACCUCUUGUCUCACGAGAUGCUCAACCCCUACUAUGGUUUGUUCCAGUACUCCAGGGACGAUAUCUACACGCUCCAAAUUAAUCCAGACUCAAGCGUCAAUCCAGAACACUUGUCAUAUUUCCAUUUUGUUGGGCGUGUGAUAGGAAUGGCAAUAUUCCACGGGCACUACAUUGAUGGUGGCUUCUCUAUGCCCUUUUACAAGAUGUUGCUCAAUAAACUCAUCAUUCUUGAUGACAUCGAAGCUGUUGAUCCCGACCUGCACCGCUCACUGAACUGGAUGCUGGAGAAUGACAUCACAGAUAUCAUUGACAGCACCUUUACUGUUGAGCACGAGAGCUUUGGUGUUCUACAAAUGAGAGAACUCAAGCAUGGUGGCAGUAAUGUAAUAGUCACAGAAGACAACAAAAAAGAAUAUGUUAGGUUGUAUGUCAACUAUAGGUUUAUGCAGGGUAUUGAACAACAGUUUGCAGCUCUUCAAAAGGGCUUUACUGAAGUAGUUCCACAACAGCUGCUGAAGCCUUUUGAUGAAAGAGAACUGGAACUCAUCAUUGGUGGUUUGGGAAAAAUAGAUAUAGAGGAUUGGAAAAGCAACACACGACUCAAGCACUGCACUCCAGAAACACCAGUAGUUGGCUGGUUUUGGCAGAUAGUUGACUCUUAUACUGAGGAGAUGAGAGCGAGACUACUGCAGUUUGUGACGGGGUCUUCACGUGUGCCACUACAAGGCUUCAAGGCAUUGCAGGGCUCGACUGGUGCUGCAGGACCAAGGCUCUUCACUAUUCAUCAGAUUGAUGCUCCAACAGAAAACCUGCCAAAGGCACAUACAUGUUUCAAUCGCAUUGACCUUCCUCCAUAUGAGUCAUACAGCAAGAUGUUUGAGAAGUUGACCCAAGCUGUAGAGGAGACCUGUGGAUUUGCUGUUGAGUAAGUUGUAUAGAAAAACUAUAGCAAGCCUUUUAAUAUUAGGCAUGAAAGGACAUUGUGUGAAAUAAGUGGAAUAUGAUUAUAAUGAAAUGUGAUAUUUAACAAUAUCAAAAGAAAAGUUAUUUUGUGAAAUUAAGUGUACAUUUGAUAGUGACUUUAGUGACCAUAAUAAUGAAAAUAUCAAACUAUAUAUUGAGUUUGGUGUAAUUCAUCAACAUUGUUUUAUAUUUAAAUUUAAUGGUGUUUUAAGCUUGUAAAAUAUAGUGUGUUCUUUUUAAAAGCUACGAAGAUGUGCAAUUUUGAAUAACAGAAUUCUUGGUUCUUUUGUAGACUUGAAUUUCAUUUAUACCUUCGAGGUAUUUAAACUAUUCAUGUAUAUUAUUGAUAUUUUUUGACGUUUGAAGUAUCCAAAAAUCUAAGUGUGAAAUGUACAGAUGAAGGACCAAUACGUGUUUUUUAAAGGAACUAGUUUCCACAUUUUCUACUUGUGGACAAUAAGUGGAAAGCAACUAAUCUGUGCACUUGUUAAAUGAUAUUGAAGUAAUUCUGUUAUCAGCAGAUCCUGGGUGUCUUCCGCCCCAAAUGGUAAUGACGAAUUCCAAUCAUGGUUCAUUAGUGUUCUGUAACUGAGGCACACUCAGUGUUUAGUCAAUGUCAAUAAACUGUGAUAGCAAUACAGUUCCAAACUUCCAGGGCAAUGACACUUAUCCUUUAAGCUUGUGUCACACAUGUAGACUCUUGUUGACAGUCAAAUUGUUAAGUUGGUGUAUUUUUUAAACGAGAUUUUCAUUUGGAUGAUUAUAAUCCAUGGUGUUUUAUUUAUUGACAUAUUAUAUGUCAGGUUAUUGUAGUUCAUUACUUAUAUAAGAUGUAAACAUGUUGUAAGACCCAUAUGCUUGGGUUAUCUUGUACUUUUUUUUAUACACCAUAAAUAACAACAUAUCAAGAGGGAUCAUUAAUUGAUAUGUCAUUGCUAAAUAUUUCUACUGCCACAGUAAAGAUCAUUAGGCUUCCUUAUGAAUAAUAAUACACGAUUAUGUGUGACUGAGGAGAAAAGAUUUUUUUAGAAAUGCUAGACUGUGAUAGAGCUGUAGGCAGUCAUAUAUAUAUAUAUAUAUAUAUAUAUAUAUAUAUAUAUAUAUAUAUAUAUAUAUAUAUAUAUCUGCACCAUAAGUUGCCCCAUUUGACCUAGGCUGUCAGUUUCAGGUCUAUUAACGUCAGGCAUUCAUGCCUUUGUGAACAUGAAUCUCAGUUUGAUCCUUGCUAUCUGGUGCCUCGUAGUAAUGUAGUAUCAGUCACUCAGUAAUAUAGCAUUUAAAUAAUUGGUCUGUGAGAGUAUUUUGAGUUGCACAGUUGUUGAAUGAAUUGUUCUUGUUAUGAGUGUCUUGCUAUUGCCAUUUAAGUAGGUUAAGGAGAGAAAAGUGUGCUGUGUAAAAGUGUUCAUUAAAUUCAUUAUUGUAGAUAAGUUUCACCCCAUCAUCAUGGUUGACAUGUGCUGAAGCUGCAGAUGGUGUACACUUAUAAGUUUGAAUGUUUCAAUACCAGAUAAUACUUCACAAACUGGUAAUACUCAAAAAAAAAAAAUUCUAUCGUGUAAAAUAAUAAUAGUUUGUACAUUCCAAUAGUUUCUUUUUGUUCUGUAGUGUUAUUAAAAAUAUAAGGCAGCUUAAGUUUUCUGUUGCUUUCAGGCAGACAUUCUUGAUUAUCAGUUUUAAAUCAUAUCUUCUAAAAAGCAAAUAUUUAAAAGUAUAAUGAUGAAAAAAAAAAUAUUUGUUAGGUAAUUGGGGUGUGCUCUACCAUGAGUGUUGGCAUGUUUCUCUUGGGAAAGCAAACUGUUUGCACUAAAACUUUAAUGUUCUUGAACGUGUGCCAAUAAAUGUGCUUCAUUUCCUAUCGUAUUUACAGAAAGGUAAAAUUUCCAGGACUUCCUUGCAUUUUCAAGGUUUCUUAUGUCUUUCAAAAGUAUUUAAAAAAAAAAAGUGUGUAGUUUUUACUUAUAUUUGUCCUCUUCAGAAAUCAGUAAAAAAUAAGGACAAUAACAUACCCUGGUUCAGCAGCAAUAUCCACAACCCAUGAACCCUGGGUUCAGUCCCAGGAUGUAAAUUUGGCAAGGGUCGUUUGCUGUAGCCUGUACUUGGCUGUUUUUUUCACUGGACAAAGAUCACCUUUCUUGCUUUGGAAGGAUGCCACCCUACAGCAGUAGGUGAGUUGGUAUAAAAUAUUGUUUUAAAGGCACUGGAUGUACUACUGUCAUAUAUGUCAAGAAUUUAAUUGCGAGUAUCAUUGAAGGCUUGAACUUAUGAGAAGAUCGGUGUUUGACAUAUCUUUGAAUGCAUUGAUAUAAUUGUUUUUAACAUGUACCAUUAUUGCCUGUUUAGCAAGGCAUCGAGGUCACAUAUACCUGGGAUGUUCUUAACCAUGGCUAUUGUUCAGGGCAUUAAUGCAGAAGCCUAUCCUACAUAUCACUCUACCCUUUUUUUUGCACAGUUUAUGAUUAUGCAAAAAUUUUGUGAUUACUGUCUUGUUAGUCAAAUUAUGAAUUUGAGUUAGUUUACUUCAUCCAUUAUAUUUAUGAUCUGCACCAUAAAAUAAAUAUGGAAGGUCCCUCACACUGAGACGAAAGGUAAAAUACAAAUGCUGUUCUUGAUCAUUGUUGGACACAGGAAUGACCUGCAGGCUUUCUAUUGUUUUUAUAUAUUUAUACAAGUGGGAAUAUAUCCUGAGAUUAAAUACUAUAGAAACUGUUUUGGGAAUCAAUCUUUGUCUACAGUUUAUACAUGGAUAUAUUUUUUCAGAUUUUGAAAUAGUACUGAAAUCCAUGUGAAAAAUGUGUUAGGUAUAUGCAUAUCAUUGACAUCAAUUUCACCUAUUGUGUAUUGAUUAUUGAGACAUCCUCAUGAGUUUUGUAAAUAUGAAUACAAAAGUAAUAUACUGUACUUGUGUACUGGCCCAGUAUAACGAGCAAAAAUGGUGAUAUCCACUGUAUUCAGGAUGCUAGGAAGUGCAGCAAGCAGCCAGUCAUGUAUUUAGUUGUGCUAUUAAGAGAAUAUUUAGGAUUUUUAAUAAAUUUAUAAAUGA